UCAACUAAAAUAAAGUGACGUUUUUCUUAGAACUAAAAGUGAAUGUUUCCAAAUUAUUGUGGAAGCGGUGAAAAGAGAUUCCUGAAAAACGAAAGUGUGAGAAACGUGUAAAUAAAAGUCGGUGGGAUUAUAUCAGUUGCCAUGGAGGUUAUUCCACCGUGCAGAAGCCGCAUCUUCGUGGCCUUCUUUGCGACCAUCUUCUGGGGAAUGGGAGUACGAGGCCUCCAUAAUUUGGAAAUCAACGUGCCAAAUGCAGUCCUACUCGGUGAGACCGUAACUCUAGAAUGUAGCUGGCAGCUUGAAGACGAAGAGGCUCUAUACAGCGUCAAAUGGUAUCGCGGAAGAGAAGAAUUCUAUAGAUAUAUACCAAAAGAAUUACCUCACACCAGAGUAUUUCCUCUACCAGGAAUAGAAGUUGAUAUAUCAAGAUCAGGAGCGCGGCGCGUGGUCCUACAGCAGGCGACACCGGCGAUGGCGGGUCGAUUCCGUUGUGAAGUGUCAGCCGACGCGCCAACAUUCCACACGGAAAUACGCUCGGCGCCCCUAGAAGUCGUCGAGCCUCCGGAGUGGGGUCCGAAACUGGUUUCAGAUAGAUCGUGGUAUGGGGUCGGUUCUACAUUACACGCUACGUGCGCUACCCCUCCAUCGUAUCCACCAGCUAACUUGACGUUUGCACUCAACGGACUGGAGGUCGAGACAGAGCUAGCCGUUCACAUGUUGCCGGCUUGGUUCAAAUGGGAUCCGCCGCCUAAAGUUGAAACGACCACAACGGACGCUCCCGACCAGGACUUCAAUUUUUUUCACGACGACAGUAACUUACAGUAUUUAGACGAGUCUUAUAUAAAUCUUCACAAAGAAGAAAUACGGAGGCCUCCGAAAGAGAACUCUAAAGUAACAUACGAGAGAACCGGUCCUGAUUAUAGAUUACCAACUGUCAGUGAGCUGUCGUUUGUGGUCCAGAACGAAGCGUUCGAGCGCGGCAGCUUGCGACUGACCUGUAUCGCGAGUAUAUACAACUUGUACGCCUCUCGCUCUGAACUAAUUUUCGAUAUGGAGCAGCCUGAAGUUGCGUCGGUAUUAGGUGUCCGAAAUAGUGCGCUCGAUUCAACGUCACGCAGUAUGUACCGAACAACAAUAAGUACUAUGUUAAUAUUUUACGUCAUCCGGUAGUUUGUUCCAAAUUAAUUUCUAGAAUUUAUAAAUGAUUUUAUGUCAUCUUAUUUUUUGUACAAAAUAUUGUCAGUGACAUAUCCAUAAUUUUAUAUUAUAUUAGAUUACUCAUUCUUUAUGAAUAUGAUUUGUACAAACAAACCUUUUAAAGGAAAGAAGUUUAUGAAACUAUUGAAAUGUUAAAAAUUCUUAAAAUGUUAGCUAUAGCUAUAGCGGGGAGUUGGCCAAAGUUAGGUAACGAAUAUAAAAGAAUUUUACAUAAUUAUGGCAUUGUAAAUAACAUGUGAUAGAAAAAUUCGUAGAAUAUUUUAAAAUAUUAUUUUGAAAAUAUGUGAGUUUAUUUUUAAUAAUUCCACUACUCGCAAAUAAAACGUUUACGACGAUCAUCUAAUUAAUAUUUGAACGGAAGUUAAUUAAUUAAUGGGGAACUUUUAAGCCCUUUGCUAAAGACUGAUGAAUAAAAAUAUUCCACUUGAAUACAUUUAAUUUCCGUGAGAGAAUGCGUAUUCUAUUAUAAACACAAAAUAGGUACUCAUUCAAGUUUAUCUAAAUAUUAUCUUUACGUUUUACGAAUUUCUAUUUGAUGUUUGAUGCAAUAUUGCAAUUUGUAUAUUAAGGUGUCAAUAAUUUGAAAUGUAACACACUUGUAAAUAUUACAUUGUAGUACGUAAUUAAUUGUAAAAUUCAAUAUAUUAA